AUGGAGCAUAUUGGGAAGGGGAGCUUCGCCGAGGUCUAUCGGGGCAUCCAUAUUGAGAAGCGGCAGGCCGUUGCCAUCAAAUCCGUCAACAUGAGCAAGCUGAACAAAAAGCUCAAAGACAACCUGAUGGUCGAGAUAUCCAUCUUGCGCAGCCUGCAUCAUCCGCACAUUGUGUCCCUGAUAAAUUACUAUGACUCUCCACCCACGGCCCGGAUGCAUAUCGUCAUGGAGUUCUGUGAGCUUGGGGAUUUGUCCGCCUUCAUCAAGAAGCGUGACUCGCUAGCAAAGCAUCCCUCGACUCAACGCAUGAUGGAGAAAUAUCCAAACCCGCCCGCUGGCGGCCUCAACGAAGUCGUUGUACGCCACUUCACCAAGCAGAUGGCAAGUGCCCUCGAGUUCUUGCGCUCCAAGGAUUAUAUCCACCGGGACCUGAAGCCACAGAACCUGCUCCUGACUCCUUCUUCCAUGUAUUACUCGCAGAGCGGCACGCUCGAGCGCAUGCCCUUGGUUGCCGAUGGAAGCUCUCUGAUUCCCGCAAGUGGUAUCGCUUCUCUUCCCAUGCUUAAGAUUGCCGAUUUUGGCUUUGCCAGGCUGUUGCCCCAGACAUCGCUGGCGGAAACUCUUUGCGGUUCCCCGCUGUACAUGGCGCCAGAGAUCCUGCGUUAUGAGAAAUAUGAUGCCAAAGCCGAUCUGUGGUCCGUUGGAACCGUCAUGUAUGAGAUGGUCACCGGCAAAGCCCCCUUCAGAGCAAGUAAUCACGUUGAGCUGCUUCGGAAAAUUGAAGAGCAGAGAGACCGUAUCAGAUUCAACGAAGGAAACGUCAUCAGUAGGCCCAUGAAAGACUUGAUUCGUGCUCUGCUGAGGCGAACGCCACUGGAGCGGAUGAGUUUCGAUAAGUUUUUUAAUGACCCUGUAGUCGUUGGUGAGAUUCCCGGGCUCGUCGACGAGGACCUGCCGCAUCAAGUGGAGGAUUCUCUUGUCAAACCUAGGCAGAGUCAGAAGCUGCCUGUGGGUGUGGAGCGGCGAGCGCAGGAGAGUCCAUACUCACAGUCGCCAAGAGAGAAGUCCUCAUUUGGAGCCACACCUCCGUCAAGGCCAACUUCCUCUCGGAAUACGAGCGGACAGCAAUACGGCAGUACUCCUCCGCGUCCGUCAUCAGGACGGCGAAUGAGCAACACCCCGAUGCCCACGAUUGAGCAGGUUACGCCGCAGCGCGAGCGACGCCCUACUCUUCCGACCGCAACGACUGCUCCGGUUCGUCCAGCCACGAUGAGCGAUCGUGAGCGGGCUCUCACUUUUGCAACUUCUGGGCGUCGGUAUAGUCGGGGAGAGGCGUCUGGCCCAGCGACUGACUCGAAAGCAGAGCCAGGUAAUGACAGAGUGCCCAAGCGAUCCGAGACGGGAGCAAUGAGAGAGAGGGCGGAAAGAGUCGGCCAAGACAGUGCCAUUGACGAUGGUUUUGUGUUUGUGGAGAAGAGGCGUGUAGAGAUUGAUGCCCUCGCCGACGAGAUUGCGGCUAGCCCACACGCCGCACGUGACCGUAUUUCACUUCGUGACGCUGGUAUGAAACGCCGCGCCACCACCCAGGGGUCGCCUACCUCUACUACGGGAGCUACAGUUCCGUCCAAAGCCAUCCAAAUCCAGCAAAAGCCCUUCCACCAGCGAGGCAGUUCGGGACGCCAGUAUCGGCCUAGCUUUGAAAGCGCAACGUCCGCCUUGUCGAAAGCAAUGAAUAUGGUCACUAUCCGAGGCCUCGGGCUUUCACCACCAAUGCUGAAGGGUGUUUCGCCACCGCAGGGGUACGCAGCGUUCCCAGCCUAUCCCGCCGCCCAGAGCAGUCUGGUGGUCGUCGGGGAACCCGGAAAGACGGUUGCCAAGGAUGAGGAUACUGCCAUGAUUGACAAAGUGGAGGAAUUGGCCCAUCUCAGCCAUAUCGUGUACGGCUUCGCCGAGGUGAAGUAUACGCAACUCGUGCCGAACCCACCGAGCGAGACUGGAGCGGGCAAUGGUGCCAGGCGAAACAUUGACGAUGAUGACGACGACGACGAAGACCUCACUCUUGACGCCAUUAUCCAGCUUUGCGAGGAGGCACUCGUGCUCUAUUGCAAGGCACUGGGUCUCCUCAACAAGGCCAUGCACGUAACAGGGACGUAUUGGAACCGUCGUCAUCGAAGAAGCUCCUCCCCAACCGCCGGCAGCCGCACCGUGGCACCCCCGGAUCGCUUGAACCACAUCGUCUCUUUCGUGCGAGAUCGUUUCAAUGAAUGCUGUGUAAAGUCGGAAAUUGUGGCUCGCAAGCUCAAGCAAGCGCAGAAGCAGGUGUCUCCAGACCAUCCAGCUCAUCCCUCCAAUCUCUCCGUGCAGUCUGGGUCAGCCAACACCAUCGGCUCGGCGGAUAACAUCCCCUUGUCGACUGGCGUUACCGCAGAGAAACUCAUGUACGAGAGGGCAUUGGAGAUGAGCAGGUCAGCUGCGGUCAAUGAACUCGUGGGAAAGGAUCUUGAUGGCUCCGAGAGAAACUACUUCACGGCGAUCCGCAUGCUGGAGGCUAUCUUGGAGGAGGAGGAGGAGAGUCCAGCUGACAGGAACGAGAAUGAGGAUAUCAAUGGGCUCGAGUCCGAGGAUCGACAAUCCAUCCUCAAUCUUCUGGAUAGCAUGAAAUCCCGCCAUCGUGCACUGGAGAGGAAGAUCAAGGCGGCGGCGGAAGCGGCCAAAACGACGAAGCGGAAUUCCAUCACGGGCGCACCUGGAUCCUAUCCGCCGAGUCGCAGCCCCAGAGGCUAG